UUAAUGUUCGAUUUGUUCAGUCAUCAACAGCAUUCGUGACUGGCAACGUCGUUUCGUUCGUCCGUCGCCGAAAGAAAUAUCGAGAUUUUGGGAUUUGAAAAUUUGGAUUCUGAAACUAACUACUGUCUCGUCCAAAAACAAAACAAACACAAAUUUAAAAAAAAAAAAAACAAAACAAAGCAACGGCAGUUCUGUUAAUGCAUUCUUCUACUGCAUUCUUCUUAUUCUUCUUAAUUGCCGCCGCGGCGCGUUUGUGUGUGCGUGUGUGUGCCCCCUCUCUUUCUAUAUUACUGUGUGUGUGUGUGUUUGCCAGCGUGUGUGUGUGCUGAAGAAUCUAAACCCCCACCCCACCCACUCAAUAAUAAUAAAUACAAAUUACAAGUAACAAAAAUGUAACCAGAGCUCUUCCCUAUAAACAAAACACACAGCAAUCAAAGGACUAAGCGGACGCUUAAAUACAACAGUUUAUUAUUUUUUUCAAGUGCAUUUUUGUUUGCUAAAAUAUGUGCGCGUGUAUAAGUGUCAAGUGUAAACAACAACAAAAUCAAGAGCAACAACGACGACAGCAAACAUGUGCAAAAUAAGCCAAAGCCAAAAAGCUACAACAGCAACAGCAACAACAUAAUAAUAAUGGCUUGAAGAAGAAAAAAAAAUCACACACACAACAGCAACAACAACAAACGAAAGGCAACAACAACUAAUACGACAACUACAACAACAUCAAUUCUCCUUCUCAAUAACAAUACAACGCCUGACACAACAAAACAAAAAAAAAUUAAAAUUAUUUUCGGAACUAAAAAAUAAAAACGUAACCCAAAUAAUAAUAAUAAUAUUAGUAUUGGCUUAUUUAUGAAUUUUUUUGAGCACGUAACAUAAAAAAUAUAACUUAAGGUGUUCUUGUGAUGACUAAAAGAAAUUAAACAAAAUAAUUAACUACAAAAAGGAACAGAGAACGAUAUUAAAAAAUAAUAAUAAUAAUGCCAGGCCUUAAAAGCCACAAAUUGGUACAAUCCAAAAACUGAGAAAUAACAAUAACAAAAUACUUUAAAGAACUACUGAGAAUUAAUUAAAUUAACCCAAGAAAGCCCACGAAUGCAGCCAACAUUGCCACAAGCCGCUGGGACAGCCGAUAUGGAUCUGACGGCUGUUCAAUCAAUCAACGAUUGGUUUUUCAAAAAGGAGCAAAUUUAUUUAUUGGCACAGUUUUGGCAACAGCGGGCUACCCUGGCCGAGAAGGAAGUGAACACACUCAAAGAGCAGCUAUCCACCGGCAAUCCCGACAGCAAUCUCAACAGCGACAACAGCGAUACAGCAGCAGUUGAAGCAGUUGUUGCAGCAGCAACAGCAACCAACGGUAUCGAAGAGGAGCAAAAGCAACAACAGCAACAGGAAAACGACAGCGAAAAGCUGCUGACCAGCUCCAUUGUUGCGGCCAUAACGCUGCAGCAGCAGAACGGCAGCAAUCUGCUGGCAAAUACAAAUACACCGUCGCCAUCGCCGCCGUUGCUCAGUGCCGAGCAGCAGCAACAGUUGCAGAGCAGUUUGCAACAGAGCGGCGGCGGUGUUGACGGUGCCUGCCUCAAUCCGAAGCUCUUCUUCAAUCACGCCCAGCAGAUGAUGAUGAUGGAAGCGGCAGCUGCGGCAGCAGCGGCGGCUUUGCAACAGCAGCAGCAACAGCAAUCGCCAUUGCAUUCUCCGGCGACUGAAGUCGCACUUCCCACAGAACAGCCAGCAGCAACGGUAAGUGGUGCAGCAACAGCAGCAGCAUCAGCGUCUGCGACAGCAGCAACUUCCAUUGCUAGUGGCAUCAUCAGGAGCGGUAGUAACAUCAAUCACACCAAUAAUAGCCACCAGGACGAAGAGGAGGUGGAUGAAGAAGAAGAGGACGACGAAGAGGAUGAGGACGAUGAUGAUGAGGAGGAGAAUGUCUCGAUGCAAUCGAAUGCUGAUGAUAUGGAACUGGAUGCACAGCAAGAAACCAGAACUGAGCCGAGUGCAACACAACAACAGCAGCACGAUGAGGAUCUUAAGGAGAACAAGGAUGCGGCGGAGGCUAGUUUAAAUGUUAGCAAUAAUCAUACAACCGAUAGCAAUAAUAGCUGUAGUCGAAAUAAUAACAAUGGCGGCAAUGAAAGUGAGCAACAUGUGGCCAAUUCUGCGGAGGACGAUGAUUGCGCCAACAACAAUACAAAUACCAGCAAUAACAACAAUACUACCAACACCGCUACCAGCAACACCAACAACAACAACAACAACAGUAACAACAGCAGCAGCGGCAAUAGCGAAAAACGCAAGAAGAAGAACAACAACGGCCAGCCUGCUGUUCUAUUAGCUGCCAAAGAUAAAGAGAUUAAAGCACUUCUGGACGAACUGCAACGCUUAAGGGCCCUGGAGCAAACGCACCUUGUUCAGAUUCAGCGACUAGAGGAGCAUCUGGAAGUUAAGCGUCAGCACAUUAUGCGAUUGGAGGUCCGUCUCGAUAAACAGCAAAUCAACGAAGCACUAGCCGAGGCAACUGCUUUGGCUGCUGCUGCUGCUAGCAACAACAAUAACAAUAGCCAAAGCAGUGACAACAAUAAGAAGUUAAAUACCACUGGAGUUACACCAUUGGAUGCAUCAUCGUCUAUUGGCGAUCUACCCGAAAUGGCAAAAGGUCCAGUACCCACGGAAGAUGAGGAUGAUGGCGAGGAUCAGGCUAUGCUGGUAGACUCUGAGGAAGCAGAGGACAAACCAGAGGUACCUCAUCACCACGACGAGGUCGAUGACGAGGAGGAGGACGAGACCGAGGAUCGGGAGGCGGUCAAUGCCACCACAACCGAUAGCAACGAGCUCAAAAUCAAAAAGGAACAGCACAGUCCAUUGCUCAGUCCACAAUCGGCAAUCGCCGCUGCGGCUGCGGCCGCCGCUGCCGCCGCCUGCGCCAAUGACCCCAACAAAUUCCAGGCGCUUCUCAUCGAGCGGACCAAAGCCUUGGCCGCCGAGGCGCUAAAGAACGGCGCCAGCGAUACCAUUAGCGAAGAAAUCAACCGAAAUGAUGAAGAAGAUAAAGAAGAAGAAGUGUCGCCAGCAGCAACUGCAGAACUUUCAACACUUGCCCCAUCUGCAACAUUAGCAGCAACAUCAAGUGAAAUGGAAGCUAAAGCUAGCAAUGAAAUGGCGCCCAAACAGGAAGUCGAAGAUGUGGACGAUGAUGACAACGAUCCGAUGAUCCUGCCAGAGCAACUGGUCAACGACUAUUGGCGACGGGGGUUUGAAUCGGGCCAAAAUACAAACACAACCAGCAUAGCAGCAAUUCCAAGGAGCAAAACGCCAACAAAUUAUCAAAAUCUUAGGGCCGAGCAACAGGCACAAUUGCUGCCGCCACCACCGCCCCCGCAACAGCAACAGCAACAUCUACACUUUCCACAGCAACAACAUCAACAACAACAGCAACAUGGACCAUCGUCCACAGCCUUGCUUAGUCAACUGGUUAACUCAACAUUUUCCAACUCUUCUUCUCGCAUAGAUGCCCACCAUCAACAGCAGCAACACCACCAACAACAGCAACACCACCAGCAAAAUCACCACCAGCAGCAACAACACCUCCAUCAGCAACAUCACCAUCACCUGCAACAGCAGCAAAAUAGCGGUAGUAACAGCAAUCCAGCGACCAAUGAUAGUUUGAACCAUCAUCAUGGACACCAUUUGCAUAGCCAUGCCUUAUUGCAUCCAUCGGCGGCGCAUCAUUUGCAUCAUCAACAGAAUGAAUCCAGUUCGAAUUCGAGUACACCGACAGCUGUUGGAAUUAUGAGUAAUAAUAACGUUGGCAACAAUAGCACUGGCAACACGAAUGCCACCAGUAACGCCACCGUUCAAUUGGCCGCCAGUUUGGCCAGUUCACUGAAUGGCAACAAAUCGUUGUUAAAAGAGGAUAGCAAUGGUUUGGCCGCUGCCGCAAUGGCUGCUCAUGCCCAACAUGCGGCCGCAUUGGGUCCUGGAUUUCUGCCCGGCCUGCCAGCUUUUCAAUUUGCCGCCGCCCAAGUGGCCGCCAGUGGUGAUGGCCGGGGUCAUUAUCGUUUCGCAGACUCGGAAUUACAAUUACCACCGGGUGCAUCGAUGGCUGGUCGUCUUGGUGAAUCCCUUAUACCCAAAGGUGAUCCCAUGGAGGCCAAGUUGCAAGAGAUGCUACGUUACAAUAUGGACAAAUAUGCCAAUCAGGCAUUGGACACCCUGCAUAUAUCGCGACGUGUCCGGGAACUUCUAUCGGUUCACAAUAUUGGCCAGCGACUGUUUGCCAAAUACAUUUUGGGUUUGUCGCAGGGCACCGUUUCCGAGCUGUUGAGCAAACCAAAACCGUGGGACAAGUUGACGGAGAAAGGACGUGAUAGUUACCGCAAAAUGCACGCCUGGGCCUGUGACGAUAAUGCCGUCAUGCUGCUCAAAUCGCUGAUACCCAAGAAAGAUUCUGGCCUGCCGCAGUAUGCAGGUCGUGGGGCCGGCGGCGAUGAUUCCAUAUCCGAGGAUCGGAUUGCUCAUAUCCUCAGCGAGGCCUCCUCUCUGAUGAAACAGAGCAAUGUGGCCCAGCAUCGGGAGCAGGAGCGUCGCAGUCACGGCGGCGAGGAUUCGCAUAGCAACGAGGAUAGUAAAUCGCCACCGCAAAGCUGCACAUCUCCGUUCUUUAAGGUGGAACAGCAACUGAAGCAGCACCAGCAUCUCACUCCCGAUCAGGCUGCUGCCGCUCAGCAUCGGGAAAGGGAACGCGAACAGCGGGAAAGGGAGCAACAGCAGCGACUGCGGCAUGAGGAUUUGGCCCAGGACAAGAUGGCUCGUCUCUACCAAGAGCUGAUUGCACGCACUCCCAGGGAAACUGCUUUUCCAAGCUUCCUUUUCUCUCCAUCUCUUUUCGGAGGAGCUGCUGGCAUGCCAGGAGCAGCUAGUAAUGCCUUUCCCGCCAUGGCCGAUGAGAAUAUGCGCCAUAUGCUCGAACGCGAAUUUGCCAAGCUUCAGCAGCACCAGCAGCAACAACAGGCUGCACAAGCGCAGGCUCAGUUCCCCAAUUUCUCAAGCCUGAUGGCUCUGCAACAGCAGGUCCUCAAUGGAGCACAAGAUCUUUCGUUGGCCGCCGCUGCUGCCAAAGAUAUCAAGCUAAAUGGUCAGCGAUCUUCUUUGGAGCACAGUGCCGGCAGUAGCAGUUGCUCAAAGGAUGGCGAGCGGGAUGAUGCAUACCCAAGCUCGCUACAUUGCCGCAAAUCUGAGGGUAGCGGUACACCAGCACCACCUGUCCCGCCAUCUGGCCAAGCUGGAGCCGGAGCACCACCUACAGUAGUACCACAAACUGGAGGCGCAAGCAGCAAUUCGGCAGCGCCCAGUCCGCUAAGCAAUUCAAUCCUUCCACCAGCAUUGAGUAGCCAAGGUGAGGAGUUUGCCGCAACAGCAAGUCCUCUACAGCGAAUGGCAUCGAUUACCAACUCAUUGAUCACCCAACCACCGGUUACGCCUCACCAUAGUACACCACAGCGACCCACGAAAGCUGUGUUGCCACCGAUAACUCAGCAACAGUUCGAUAUGUUCAACAACCUAAACACUGAAGAUAUUGUGAGAAGGGUGAAAGAGGCUCUCUCCCAGUAUUCCAUCUCACAGCGAUUGUUUGGCGAAUCCGUAUUGGGUUUGUCGCAGGGUUCCGUUUCUGAUUUACUGGCCAGACCUAAACCUUGGCACAUGCUUACCCAAAAGGGUCGUGAGCCCUUUAUCCGCAUGAAGAUGUUCCUGGAGGAUGAGAAUGCGGUACACAAACUGGUGGCCAGCCAAUAUAAGAUUGCUCCUGAAAAGCUAAUGCGAACGGGCAGUUACAGUGGAAGUCCACAAAUGCCACAGGGAUUGGCCAGCAAAAUGCAAGCAGCCUCACUACCAAUGCAGAAAAUGAUGAGCGAACUGAAGUUGCAGGAGCCGGCACAGGCUCAGCACUUAAUGCAGCAAAUGCAGGCGGCCGCCAUGUCGGCAGCAAUGCAACAGCAGCAACAAGUAGCACAGGCGCAACAGCAGGCACAGCAAGCGCAGCAGGCCCAACAGCAUUUGCAGCAGCAGGCGCAGCAGCAUCUGCAACAGCAGCAACAUCUAGCCCAGCAACAACAUCCACAUCAGCAGCAUCAUCAAGCGGCCGCAGCAGCUGCCGCAUUGCAUCAUCAGAGCAUGCUUUUGACCUCGCCUGGACUUCCGCCACAGCAUGCUAUUAGCUUGCCACCUUCGGCCGGUGGAGCUCAACCAGGUGGUCCUGGCAAUCAAGGAAGCUCCACUCCUUCGAACAGCGAAAAGAAACCCAUGCUGAUGCCAGUUCAUGGCACCAAUGCAAUGAGAAGUCUACAUCAGCACAUGUCACCCACCGUUUAUGAAAUGGCCGCUCUAACCCAAGAUCUGGACACCCACGACAUCACCACCAAAAUCAAGGAGGCUUUGCUAGCCAAUAAUAUUGGCCAGAAGAUAUUUGGUGAAGCCGUUUUGGGUCUAUCUCAGGGAUCAGUGUCUGAACUUCUGAGCAAACCGAAACCCUGGCAUAUGCUUUCCAUCAAGGGCAGGGAACCCUUCAUACGGAUGCAAUUGUGGCUCAGCGAUGCCAACAAUGUUGAGCGAUUGCAGUUGCUGAAGAACGAGCGAAGGGAGGCCAGCAAGCGAAGGAGAAGCACGGGUCCAAAUCAACAGGAUAACAGUAGCGAUACCUCCAGCAAUGAUACCAAUGACUUCUAUACCAGCAGUCCGGGUCCAGGAUCUGUCGGCUCGGGAGUCGGUGGUGCACCGCCAAGCAAAAAGCAACGUGUUCUCUUUUCCGAAGAACAAAAGGAGGCUCUCCGCUUGGCUUUCGCUUUAGAUCCGUAUCCAAAUGUCGGCACCAUCGAGUUUCUGGCUAAUGAAUUGGGUCUGGCAACACGAACGAUCACCAAUUGGUUCCACAAUCAUCGCAUGCGUUUGAAGCAACAGGUUCCCCAUGGACCUGCCGGUCAGGAUAAUCCGAUACCAAGUCGCGAGAGUACCAGUGCCACGCCCUUCGAUCCCGUCCAGUUUCGCAUCCUGCUGCAGCAGCGUCUGCUUGAGCUGCACAAGGAGCGAAUGGGUAUGAGUGGUGCACCCAUUCCAUAUCCACCCUACUUUGCUGCCGCUGCUAUUUUGGGCCGCAGUCUAGCGGGGAUUCCCGGUGCGGCAGCGGCCGCUGGGGCAGCUGCAGCUGCUGCAGCAGUCGGAGCCUCUGGCGGUGAUGAGUUACAGGCCCUGAAUCAAGCCUUCAAGGAGCAGAUGAGCGGAUUAGAUCUGUCGAUGCCCACUUUGAAGCGGGAACGCAGCGAUGACUAUCAGGAUGAUUUGGAACUCGAGGGCGGUGGCCAGAAUCUAAGUGACAAUGAAUCUCUGGAGGGUCAGGAGCCCGAGGACAAGACCACCGAUUAUGAGAAAGUGCUGCACAAAUCAGCUUUAGCCGCCGCCGCAGCUUACAUGUCUAACGCGGUACGAAGCUCUCGACGAAAACCCGCUGCACCGCAGUGGGUCAAUCCCGCCGGAGCAGUAACCAAUCCAAGUGCCGUUGUUGCAGCGGUUGCAGCAGCAGCUGCUGCAGCGGCAGACAAUGAGCGUAUAAUCAAUGGCGUAUGCGUGAUGCAAUCCUCCGAAUACGGACGUGAUGAUGCUGAUAGCAACAAGCCAACGGAUGGUGGUAACGAUUCCGAUCAUGAGCAUGCCCAGCUGGAAAUUGAUCAGCGUUUCAUGGAACCUGAGGUGCAUAUUAAACAGGAGGAGGACGACGAUGAAGAGCAAUCGGGAUCGGGUAAUCAUCUAGAUAACGAGGACAAUACCAGCGAUCAAAAACUGAAGGUGGUCAACGAAGAAAAGCUCCGAAUGGUGCGAGUUCGACGAUUGAGCAGCACUGGCGCUGCUUCCUCCGAGGAGAUGCCCGCCCCAUUGGCACCGCCACCCCCAGCAACAGCAACAGCAUCAACUUCUUCCAGUGGUGACAGCACUUCGAGCAUUAACAGCAGCAGUGGCACCACCACCACCAGCACCACACCGGCAGUAACCACCGGUGGAGCAACCAAUGCAACCGGUUGGAAUUACUAGAGAGUAACUAAAUAUAAACUCAGUGCAAUGUUGAGAGAAGCGCGUUUACUUGUGAUUAAGUUUGAAUGUUUAAACGAUGUUAGGACCCAGGAGACAUACAUAAAUACAUACAUAAAAGCAUACAUACAUAUAUAUAUAGCUCUUAGGCCGAAUCAAUAGAAAACUCUUUUUUUUUUUUGUUUUUUUUUUAUUAUUAUACAUUAACUACUAAAUAUAGGCGUUAGUUGUAGACUAUAAGAUAGCCUUAGGUUGAGGCGUUGUAAUAGUUGUAGCUAAAAGUUUAGAGACGCUAUGCGAUGAUGAUGAUGAGAUAAAGCAGCGCAAAAGUAUUAAUGAGAAAAAGGAAAUAUAAAAACCUAUAUAUGAACCCCGACUUGCCGAAGAACUUUAACCAAAACGUCAAGAUCCAAUUGAUAGUAAGAUUUGAUCUUACAAAUGAUUUUCGAUUUGUUUCUACUUGAAGACUGUAAGUAAAGGCGGUAGGAUUGAUAACUACACACGUAAUUCUAUUCUAUAUAUAUAUAUAUAUAUCCCUAUUCAUUUUUUUUUUUUUUUUUUUGAGAAUCUAUUAUAUGAUUAUUAGCAGUUUAGCUGGUAAAUUGUAAAUAAAUAAAUAAAUAAAUAAAUAAUUAAUAAAUAAAUAAAUGAUGAUAGAUGACGGUGUACAUAGAUUUCUCGCGAGGCAUGUUCUGAUGUCGUUCUUCCUAAAAAUCCUACCUUUUAUCACCCUCAGCAACCAACUUGUUUAACUAUCUUUUGAUCUCAAGCAUAAAAACAAAA